GGUGACCUGGGGGUGACGGGGCGGGCCCGAGAGGAGGAGUCUGCAACGCCGGGCUGCUGGUUACGCCGCUCCGUGGGUCCAGAUCCUGUGACGGCCAAGAUGGCGCUGGCCGCCGCCAGUCGCGUUCUGCUGCACGCGGGAUCCCGCCUCGGGCGCAGGGAGGCCGUGGACGGCGCGCGGCGCUUCGCCAACAAGCGGGUGGUGGUGGAGCCGGAGGCGGCGGCAGGAGUUGCAGUGAUGAAGUUCAAGAACCCUCCAGUGAACUCCCUCAGCUUGGAGUUCCUGACAGAGUUUGUCAUCAGCCUGGAGAAGCUAGAGAAUGACAAGAGCUUCCGGGGUGUCAUCCUCACUUCGGAGCGGCCGGGUAUUUUCUCAGCUGGCCUGGACUUGAUGGAGAUGUAUGGCCGGAACCCAGCCCACUACGCCGAGUACUGGAAGGCCGUGCAGGAGCUGUGGCUGAGGCUCUACCUGUCCAACCUGAUCUUAGUGGCUGCCAUCAAUGGUGCCUCUCCGGCUGGAGGCUGCCUCGUGGCUCUUACCUGUGACUACCGGAUUAUGGCUGACAACCCCAAGUAUGCCAUAGGACUGAAUGAGACCCUGCUGGGCAUUGUUGCCCCCUUCUGGUUUAAAGACAACUUUGUGAACACCGUCGGGCACCGAGCAGCAGAGCGUGCCCUUCAGCUGGGGACGCUCUUCCCACCAGCAGAGGCCCUCAAGGUGGGGGUGGUGGACGAGGUGGUGCCUGAGGACCAGGUACACAGCAAGGCUCGCGCAGUGAUGGCCCAGUGGUUGGCCAUUCCAGACCACUCUCGGCAAUUGACCAAGAGCAUGAUGAGAAAGGCCAUGGCAGACAACCUGAUCAAGCAGCGGGAGGCUGACAUCCAGAAUUUCGUCAGCUUCAUCUCCCGAGACUCUAUCCAGAAGUCCCUGAGCAUGUACCUGGAAAAGCUGAAGCAGAAGAAGAGCUAAAGCAAGGCUCUCCCACAGUGUGUGGUCACAUGUGCCUUCUGGGGACCCACUGGUCCCAAGGAUUAGAAACAAGGUAUUUUUUUAACUUA